GCUUUGCUAUGCUAUGCUAUGCUAUGCUAUGCUAUGCUAUGCUAUGCUAUGCUAUGCUAUGCUAUGCUAUGCUAUGCUAUGCUAUGUUGUUAUGUUGAGUAGGUAGACACCCAAACGGGUAGAUCUUGAUUGGAAGAAAAUCUACAGAAACAGUUCCGUUUUGGUAUAUUUACAAGCUUAAGGUUCUAAAAAACCCCAAUUGCAGCACUGGAGAGUUAUCGGCUUAUAUAAGAAGAUUAAAGAAACUUCUUUGGUGAAUGAAAAAGCAACGGCAAAACAUUUGCAUAAUACGCCACAAAUUAGCUUGAGGUUUGCAUCACAUUAGCCCCUUCCCACGUCCCAGUAUCAUUUCACACGGCCCACCAGUGCUGCAGGUCAGUACUUUCAAAAGGCUUCAAAAUUAUAUUUUGACAAUACGGUUCCGUAGCCCACAGAUGUCACUUCAAUGAAACGUCUGAAUAGCUAUCAAGCUAUUAAAAUUAAUGUCAAAUAGUCGAUUCUUGUUUUUGUCAGCUUCAAUUCAGUGCGGAUGGGAGGGCAGGUGACUACCACAACGUAUUUUCAAAUUGUUGCGGCUUUCAGCGACUUAUGGACAUGAUGAGUGCAGGCAUGGAUUUUAAGAGCUUGACUCUCGCUUUAAUCACACAAUCAAUGCUUCAGUUCUGUAUAUCCAGAAGCGAAGGCUAUAUUCUUCGACAACAGUGUCAACAUACAGCAAACUUCAGCAUAGAAAGGUCAAAUGAGGUCAUGCCAGGGUCCGUUAUAGAUACAAUCAUGUUUACUACAAUGCAAGAAUGCAAAGCACGUUGUAUGUUCAUUGAUGCAUGCAAAUCGAUAAAUUACCAAAUGAUCGGAGACAAUAUAUGCGAACUCAACAACAGGACAACUGAAGAUGUUCGCUAUAAAGUGGUGCUGGAGAAGAAAAUGGACUGGGUGUAUGCAACAACAGAUUACAAUCAAACAAAGGUAGGAGACAUAUGCCGGAAGAGCAACCCAUGCGGAGAGAAUGUUUUAUGCAUGGAUACUUGUACAUGCCCUGGUUACAGAUGCUACAACUGUGCACCACACGAAAUCGGUAUGGAUUGUCAUCAGCCGUGGAAAGACUGCGAUGAUGUGAAGAGAGAUGGACAUACAGAGAGCGGCAUUUAUGUCAUCAACCCAACAUCCACCUCUAACAACGCAUUCUCAGUUUACUGCGACUUUAAGACAGACCAAAAUGCUUGGAUAGUGUUUCAACGGAGAGUAGACGGCAGAGAGAGUUUUGAACGGGGCUGGAAAGAGUACGAAGAAGGCUUUGGUUCGUUAUACGGAAGCUUCUGGCUUGGUCUGCAGAAGUUAUUCUAUCUAACAAGACGGACUGCGUUACUGCGAAUUGAACUUAUGAGCUUGACAAGCAGUGAAAAGAAAUUUGCAGAGUACGCCACUUUUGCAGUGAAUGACAAGAGCGAUUAUUACAGGUUAUCCGUAGGAAGCUUCAGCGAGAAGAGCACAGUUGCGAAUAGUUUAACGUACACAGGAACACACAAUUUAAAUGGGAUGAAAUUCUCAACAUUCGACAGUGACAAUGACGGUUUUCCAGACAAAAAUUGUGCCUCACUCUUCAAAGGAGGAUGGUGGCACAAUAUGUGCUUCAUUGCUAACCUAAAUGGGUUGUAUGGUAAUGUUAGUGCAGGAAACUAUGAGUAUGCAAAAUAUAUGACUUGGUAUGGGAUAUGCGAAUGCUUCGGGGGUAUCACGUUUUCAGAGAUGAAGAUUAGAUACGUUUAGGGCUUGCACAUGAGGGUAGCUUACUUUCUGGACAGCACACAAGCCAAAUCACCAAUGCACAAAGACACAUUCACCACGACUCGGUGAAUUACUUUGAAGAGAUAUCUGGCAAUCAAUAAUAUGUUUUUGGAGUAGCUGUUUUUGAGUAGCUGUUAUUAGAUCUAUAAGCUAUAAUCCAAAUGCGGGACAGACAAAAAGCACCAAAAAACCUUGUAAAAAACUAAAAAGCAGACGCAAAGCGCUGGGUGCUUGCAGAAUAACAAAGACUGGAAGUCAUAAAUAUACAUUCUUAUUUCGAGCGCAUAUCUUAUUCUCUUCCUUUAUAAUCUCUGAUAAAAGGGAAGAUGGAAUACACAGGGUUUGUGGUAAAACUCUUCAAAAACAAACAAAUAGGGUGCUGGAAUAAAUGAGGGCGUUUGGAAACAGGGUUGUGCGUAGAAAAUCUUACAGUUUUCGAUACAAAGUAACCUUUUAAAUCAUCUAUGUGUGUCUAAGAGAAUGAGAAAUGUUCUUUUUCAUUAAAACAAGCUCUGGUAAUUUCCUCAAUCCUCUGCUCAACAUUUCUCACAUCGUUUAACGCAGACAAGAAACCCUUAAGCCUCAAAAUGAGGCAGAACAGAACACUUGUCUCGUUUCUCUGCUAGAAAAUGAUGAUUCGGUAAAUAUUCAUGUAAAACACCUGCGAAAUCUAAUGAUUGAAAUGUUUAAAACAAAGGGAAAUAUCAACCCUCCUUUUAUGAGGGAGAUUUUCUGCGAGCGUCAUGCUGUUUAUAAUUUGCGAAAUAAUAAUGAAUUCAUGGUACCAAGGGUAAGAACAUUUAUGGACCAUUUAUGGAAUCGAAACUAUCAAAUAUAGAGGGCAGCGUCUUUGGCUCUCUUUACCUCAGUACAUAAGGAAUGCUCAAUCUAUUAAUGAGUUUAAGAAAGAAACUAAAAGCUGAAAUGGCACCGACUGUACAUGCAAAAUAUGUAGGAUGUUCGUGCCACAGCUUGGUUUUUUGUAAAUCUAUCGUUUUAAAUAGCUCAGAUUUUUAUAGUACUACCCACUAAAUUCUGUUUUUAAUGGAAUAUUAUGUACUUAAAAUUUUAUGUAUUUAAUCUCGUAUGCAUUUGAUUGAUUUAGUAGUUUUAACAGUUGGCUUGGAUAAGCUCAUUUCACUGUAAAUAGCUAUGUAGCGCCAACUUUAAAUAAAUUGACUAUUAUCAUUAUUAUUUUUAUUAUUAUCAUUAUUAUUAUUAUUAUUAUUACAAAUCUGUCAUAUUUGUAAAUCUCUCCAUCAGCUCUCUUGGCAUCUUCGGCGACUCAUGCAGCUCAUUCCUUGAAAUGUGUCACUCUCUUUCCAUCGAUGAUCAACACAAACGAUAUCUCAUUUCUAAGCUUUCUACGAUAUCCAUUCGUACCACCUAUUACUUUUUUUGCUGUAGGAACAAAACAUGGACUAACCCAGAGCUACUCCCCUUUUAACGUUUUUUUUUCUUUUCUCUUUACUACGAUUGUAAUAGUCUUAUUUUGUAAAAACAGGCUAGCCAGUUACAAAUUACCUUGUAAUAGUGAGAUUUGUAAUUGUAGCUUUAACUGGAAUUCAAAAUGAAAAGUUUCCAUUAUUAUUCUGUCUAUGAUUUGUGCCGUGGCUUCAAAAACGGGGUAUAUGUUUAUUGCUUCAUUAUUGCACACAAGAGAGGUUGAACAAUUAUCAUUAUACGCUUACGUUUAUCAUAAGAGGUUGAACAGUCUAGCGCCAGGUAAAUGAUUAUAGAUUAAAUGAUUGUGAAGUCAUACAAAAGGUUUUUAGACCUUUUGGCUAUUAACCAUGUCUGGACGAGCACCAUGAUACGCAUUUGUGCAAAGUCACUUUAAUCUGUCACGAAUUGUCUGAGAUAUAAACCAGCAGCAAGAACGUCAAAACAUUCAUUAAGAGUUUUUGAACAACUUUAGUCGUAGAGUCAUCGUAGCAUUGCAAGAUGUUCAUGGCCUAAAAGAGCCUUAUAUCUGCGUGGCUUAUGGGUUGAAUCCAAAUCAUAACAAUCAGGAUGAAAAUUCUGCCGGGUUUUUUUAAAAACAAUAUUGUAGAUGGGUCCGAGCUUAUUGUGUUUGAAAUAAAUUUAAUCACAUUCACAAAGCAUUCUUUGAUGGAAAUUUCAAAUUUCAAGUAAGCGACUGCGAAACUUCUGAACUUUUCUAAAAUUAGCUUUGCAAUGACACUAGCAGCUUAUAUUUUAAUUUGUAUGACUGAUAUUAGCGAGUUAAAAAUCGCAAAGAAAGGUUCGGUAGUAGAAUCUUUCUAAGAUCCCAUGAAAAAUGUCUUUUUUGGUUGGCUAUGACUAAACUCACGGCAAAAAAUCAGGGAUCUUUAAGGAGUACCACAAGAACGACGUAGUUUAUGGCUGCAAUUAAAGUUAAAAAGCAAAAAUGAAUCUUUCAGUUGUUUCACGUAUGGAAUAAGGCUUAUAUCUGUGAAAUUUUAAUGCUCCAGAUCUUCCUGUGGGCCCCCAGAAAGAGAAAAGAAAGGUGUGAGGGACCUUGAGACGAUAAGCUAUUUGAGACUAUAAUAGCUUGGGAAAAAAGCCAAAAAACUAUACACAUCAAAUUAAAUUUCCAUUCCAUUGU